CUUCUCCUUUUCCGCCGCCAUUUCUGCGAGGAAGACAACAAGGAAGGAAGGAGGAGGAGGAGAAGGGAAAUGAAGAUUCUAUGGAGCCACCUCUUGGAUGCAGUAAGGAGACCAAUAAUAUAGGAAGAAGAAGAAAUAAUCUCAAGGUGAUACUCUUGCUGAAUUCUUGAGUUCACUUACAGAUAAAGGGAAAUAGUGCCAGGUAACCAUAUUGCAAUUCAGCAACCUUAUCACUGUUGACAUGGAGGAGAAAGCAUUUAAAUGCCUGGAGUGUGGAAAGAGUUUUUCUCGGAAGGUUAAUCUUCAGCAACAUGAAAGGACUCACACUGGGGAGAAGCCCUAUGCAUGCCUGGAGUGUGGAAAAAGCUUCCCUCAUACUUCAAAUCUACGUUUGCACCAAAGGACUCACACUGGGGAAAAACCCUAUAAAUGUCUGGAGUGUGGAAAGAGCUUCACUCAGAGUUCAAGUCUACAUUCGCAUGAACGGACUCACACUGGGGAAAAACCCUAUCAAUGCCUGGAGUGUGGAAAGAACUUCAUUGAAAGCGGACACCUACAAUUGCAUCAAAGGACUCACACUGGGGAGAAACCCUAUAAAUGCUUGGAGUGUGGACUGAGCUUCACUCAGAGUUCAAGUCUACAUUCCCAUGAACGAACUCACACUGGGGAAAAACCCUACAAAUGCUUGGCGUGUGGACUGAGCUUCAUUCAGAGUUCAAAUCUACAUUCACAUCAAAGGACUCACACUGGUGAGAAACCAUUUAAUUGCUCGAAGUGUGGACAGAGCUUCACUCAGAAUGGAAGUCUACGUGUGCAUCAAAGGAUUCACACUGGGGAGAAACCCUACAAAUGCCUGGAGUGUGGACAGAGCUUCAUUCGUAGUGCAGAUCUGCGUUCGCAUCAAAGGAUUCACAAUGGGGAGAAACCUUUUAAAUGCUUGGAGUGUGGACACAGCUUCACUCAGAGUGGAAAUCUACGUGUGCAUCAAAGGAUUCACUCUAGGGAGAAACCCAAUAAAUGCUUGGAGUGUGGACACAGUUUCACUAACAGUGGAGACUGUGCAUGUGUCAACAAGAGUAAACAUACCUAAUUUAUCUCCUAACUACAAGCGCUAUUAAAUCCUCCAAAUGCCCAUAAAGGGUCAUAAAUCUCUCCCUAACUGGGGUCCAGAUCAAAAGAGAGGAGGCUGAGCAGUCAUGUCUGAAGGUGACUGAAGCCAUACAUCUCAGAAUACAAACAGAAGACCAGGUGAUAGUAAGUAUGGCUAAUAGAAAGGGGAAGAGUGAGGAGGAAGAGGAGGAGGAAAAAAAUGAACAAGAUUGUAUCCGCAUUGGAAUAUCUUAAAUUUAUGGAGACAAAGACAUCUAAAGAAUUUAUCAAUACGGGUUAAAGAAAAUUACUAUAAGUUAAUAUGGAAAUGGUACCUUACACUAGUAAGAAUAGCAAAUAUAAAUAAAAACUACUCAAAAACUUGCUGGAGAGGAUGCCAAGAAUCAGGAACAUAUAUACAUAUGUGGUAGCUAUGUAAAUAAUUUUGGGGGGAAAGUCUUUCGAGAAAUAGAGGAUAUAAUGAACAUUAAAAUAGAAAGAAGUCCUAGUAUAGCUUUAUGAUCAUUAUAUAAUAAUAUACAAUUGAAAAAAGAGGAUAAAGAUGUGAUAACAAAUUUAUUAACAAUAGCAAGACUGCUUAUAGCAAGGAAUUGGAGAAGAGAAAUAAAUAUACAACUAGAGGAGUGGUACAAAGAAGUAUGGAAAUUGGCAAUAAAUGAUAAGCUGACAUGUAUAUUAAAAGUUCAAAGAGGUAUAUGGAAACAAAAUGAUUUUGAUGAAAUAUGGAGAAAAUUUAUUCAAAAAGUAUUUUAAAAGAAAGAAGGAAAGUUACCACCACAAGAAGAAGUGAAAUUUUGGACAGAUGAUAUGUAAAGCUGUGGCUUGGGAGAGGGAGGGGAGCACGGUGGUGAGAGAUAGAAAAUAUGUAUAAGCAGAAAAAUAACAGUAGAUGCCAAAAGUUAAAGUAUGAUAGAUUGUAUUGGAUAAUAUGAAUCUGCUGUAAAAUAAACAAUGUAUACUC